UUUUAUGCUUGCGCAUACAAUCGUAUAUUCGAUAUAAUGGAUCAUACAUUUGUCAAAUUCGUCAUUUCGUCCAUCGGAUUCAAAUUCUCAAUAAAGAAAUGGCCAGUUCGAGCCAGCCGUUUCUCUAAGAACAGAUAGAUGCUCUAAAUAGAUUUCACUCUUCUAAAAAUAAGCACCGCAAACGUGAGUGUGAACAAUGGUAUCUCUGUUCUUUUUUACGCAGCAGGCCAGACGAGAGGAGGAGCAAGAAUAGCCGGCAGCCAGAACAAUCGGCAAUGGAGGAGAAGAAGAAGGACCUGCUCCGGAAGCUGACGAUCAUCUCGAUCCCGUUCGUGUUCGUGGCGAUCCCGUCCGUGGUGAUCAUCGUGGGCAUGCUGUCCCCGCACGCGGCGGAGCCCCAGGAGGGCUCGGGGCCGGCGCCGCCGGGGCAGAACCACUCGCUGUCGAUGCUGAGCACCAUGACGGGGGGGCAGAUGAUCCUCAGCUGCCGCGCCGCCUUCUCGGGCAACUGGGAGUACUUCCACUACUUCAUCCUGGACCCCUACAAGCCCCAGCAGGCCUUCUUCCAGCCGCAGGACGACCCCUACGUCAUCUUCUGCAAGUGGGGGUACAUGGGCAACUUCCUCCAGGACGUGGUGGUGUUCAACAGCUGCGCCCCCUGGGCGUCGCAGUGCCGCGUCGACAACGGCGGCUGCCGCUACCUGUUCCAGGACGGGCACAUGUUCCUCGUCACCGGGAAGCACGACGGCGGCGGCCCCGCACCCAAGGCGAAGGUGCGGGAGAAGAAGCUGGUCGGGGAUGUGGUGCUCAGGGAGUGCCAGCACGUGCUCGGGCUGUUCCCCACCAUGUGCCGGAAGAAGCCGCACCGCCACGAGUACGUCGGCAAGAUCAUCGGCCGGUGGCGGUGGUGGUUCAACUACUAGCUCAGCUAGCAGAUUGCCGCCGAUGACACGCACUCGUUGCCGCGCCAAGCAGUCGAUUAGGCAGGUCGGUGGGGUCGCGUGCGUGGU